UCCCCCCAAAUUCAACGCCGUUUCGAUCUCGAUAAUUUUCGAUUAAUUUUCGCUGGGUGUUUUUGGAGAGAAGUUCGAUUCAAUGGCGGUGUCGAUGGGAAUGAUGGGUUCGUUCGGGUCGUGCUCGCCCCCUUCGCCGAUGGGAAGAAAGGGGCGAGCUUUGAGAGGAGGGAGGAAGAGGGGUUGCGGAUCCAACCCGGUGCAUCCGAGACGGAGGUCAAGAAGGCUUUUCGGCAGCUCGCUCUUCAGUACCAUCCGGAUGUGUGCAAAGGGAACAACUGUGGCGUUCAAUUCCAUCAGAUCAAUGAAGCUUAUGAUAUUGUGAUGAAUAGCUUGAGGGCAUGUGAUGAGGUAGAGCAAUGGCGGAUUGAGGACUGGAGCGACGACAGCGAUGAGCCGGUGAGGGGGAUGCAUGACUCAGAUUGGGACUUAUGGGAGGAAUGGAUGGGAUGGGAAGGAGCAGGAAUCAGAGACUACUCUUCUCACAUUAACCCUUACAUUUGAUCUCGAAGGACUUUGAACAACAUAAAUUUUUAGUUCCUUUGGCUUCCUCUGAGAAGAGAAAUUAUCUUCUCCCCAGAGCCAAAAGACCAAUUAGCCAAGCAACCACGUGUACAUAAGCACCCAAUGUAAAUAUUGUUGGUCUUUAUGUUAUGUGAUCUUUUCCUGAAUUUUUAGGGAAAUGUUCAUAAUCUCUAUGUGAUCUUUUCCUGAAGUUUAAGGAAAUGUUAAUGAAACUCUUUAUGUUAUCUUUUCCUGAAGUUUUUAAGGAAAUGUCCCUUCUCUUUGAAGUUU